UUUCUAUCCUCUUGUUUGCUCUGUCUCUCUCUUCCCUAAUCACCUCCUCUUCCAAGACUUCCCCAACCACAAACAGCAUUCUAACAGUUACAAAUGGAUCAACUACACAAAUGCCAAGCCAACUAUGUUCCUCUUAGCCCCAUCACCUUUCUGCAAAGAGCUGCUGUGGUCUACUCCGAUCGCACUUCUGUCGUGUUCGAAGGGAUCCAAUUCACUUGGAAGGAGACAUAUGACCGUUGCCGACGCAUGGCCUCUUCCCUUCGAUCUUUGAAUGUUUCCAAGAAUGAUGUGGUAUCUGUGCUCGCUCCCAACGUUCCAGCUAUGUAUGAGAUGCACUUCGCCGUGCCCAUGGCCGGCGCCGUGCUGAACACUGUAAACACCCGGCUCGAUGCGGCCAGCGUGGCAACCAUUCUGAAGCACUCGGAGGCGAAGGUGUUCUUCGUGGACUACGAGUACGUCCGGCUCGCCCGCGAUGCCCUGAAGCACCUAAUCGACGACGCCAACGCACCCUUGCCUUUGGUUGUUGUCAUCGAUGAUAUCGAUGCCCCGACCGGCAUCCGGCUCGGCGAGCUCGAGUACGAGCAGCUCAUCGCAAGCGGCGAUCCCAUGUACCUUCCUUGCCCCCUCCAUGACGAGUGGGAUCCAAUAGCACUCAAUUACACCUCCGGCACGACGUCGGCCCCGAAGGGCGUGGUCUACAGCCACCGGGGGGCUUUCUUGAGCACCCUUAGCCUCCUCCUCCAGUGGGAGGUGGGGAGCGAGCCUGUGUACCUCUGGUCGCUUCCGAUGUUCCACUGCAACGGGUGGACCUUCACAUGGGGCAUGGCGGCCCGCGGCGGCGCCAACGUCUGCAUCCGGGCGACGACGGCCCGCGACAUGUACCGAGCCAUCGCCGACCACCAUGUCACGCACAUGUGCAGCGCCCCGAUCGUCUUCAACAUCCUCCUCGAGGCCAGCCCCGCCGAGCGCCGAACGCUCGCCGCCCCGGUCUCCGUCCUCACCGGCGGCGCCCCGCCCCCUGCGCCUCUCCUCGAGAAGAUCGAACGACUCGGCUUCCGCGUCACCCAUGCCUACGGCCUCACCGAGGCGACCGGUCCGGCCCUGGUAUGCGAGUGGCGCGAAGAGUGGAACCACCGCCCGGCCCCCGAGCAGGCCCGGCUCAAAUCUCGGCAGGGCAUCAGCGUGCUGACCCUCGCCGACGUCGACGUGAAGGACGUCGAAACCAUGCGAAGCGUUCCCCGGGACGGGAACUCGCUCGGCGAGAUAGUUCUCCGAGGGAGCAGCAUCAUGAAGGGCUACUACAAGAAUCGCGAGGCCACCGACGCCGCAUUCAGAGACGGCUGGUUCCUCACCGGCGACGUCGGGGUUAUCCACCCCGAUGGGUACGUGGAGAUCAAGGACCGAUCGAAGGAUGUGAUCAUAUCGGGCGGCGAGAACAUCAGCAGCGUCGAGGUAGAGACGAUCCUCUACCGGCAUCCGAUGGUGCUCGAGGCGGCGGUGGUGGCGAUGCCGCACCCGCACUGGGGUGAGACACCAUGCGCCUUCCUAACUGUGAAGAGAGAGUGCGAAGCAGGGAGCAUCAGAGAAGAGGAUAUCAUAUCCUACUGUAGGAAUAGCAUGUCCAGGUUUAUGGUGCCAAAGAAGGUGGUGUUCAUGGAGGAGUUGCCAAAGACUUCAACGGGAAAAAUCCAGAAGUUUCUGCUGAGAGAGACGGCUCGUGGCCUCAAGGUAACGGAGGGAAACCGAACGCCGCAAGGAGGGGCGGCGCCACAAGGAAAGCCCCAGGUGGGUUAUGUAAACCGUAAUAACGGUCACGGCCAACCGGAGGCUCAGGAGCAAGUGUUAGCCUUUUCUCGCCUUUGAGUCUGGUAGCUGGAUUAAGAGGAGACAAGUGGAUGUUGGUAAACUUUUGUAAUAAAAAAAGAAGGAAAAAGAAGGGGAAGGGUAUAGUGAUAUGAAGUCGGUGUCUGGUGUGAUCUAUGCAUGCCGCCUAAGAUAUUGUUGGGUUUUAUCGACAGCGUUUUAUCCAACGUGGUGCACGCCUCCUUGAGGGCCGGCACGGUUAUCAUAGACAUGCAUUGUUGAA